UAAACCAAAACAAGUCGAUGUUAUCUUUUUCUUUUUUACCGAACAGAGCUGUGGAUAAUUUCAACAACGACGGUAGAAUCACUCUCUCUUUAUAAGUAACAACAGUAAACGAAACACCGAAGUCACUUUCUAAAGGACUGUUCUCUUUCUCUUGUUAGUUUUGUGAAUGAAAGUGAUAAAGAUGAAGCAUGUGUAUGUGUUAGCCAUGGUGGUAGUACUGGUAGGAACAACAGUUGCAGCUGAUUCAGCAACAAAUACUUGCAGUCACACUUGUGGAGGUCAAGAAAUUCCAUAUCCAUUUGGCAUAGAUGACAACAACACCUCAUCAGAGUGUUUCUUGGGUCGUAGAUUAAUUCCGCUCACUUGCAAUGAAUCCAAAAUAUACGCCGGUGACAUGGAAGUGUUAAACAUAGACAUCUUCAAUGCUCAAAUCGAAGCGUCAUUUUACGUCUCUAAAUAUUGCGGUGUUCAUAAUUAUAAUAAACCUAGGCUUAACAGUGGUUCAUAUAUCAUUUCAAGCAAAGAAAACAAAUUUAUAACUGUUGGUAUUAACAGUUUCGGUUAUUUUAAUAGUUACCGUGGUGGUGAAAACAAGUAUUCAACUGGGUGUUUAACAAGAUCUUUUGGUCUUCCAAGAUUGAUUGAUAAUGAAACAUGUUCGGGUAUAGGGUGCUGCCAAGUUGAUAUUCCUCCUAAAAUGUGGAAUAUAAGCAUAGAAGCUUAUAAUUUCAACCAAAAUUCAUCACUAUAUUGUAGCUAUGCAUUUGUUGUCAAGAAUGGUAGCUAUACUUUUUCUACCAAUCAUUUAUCACCAAAAGGUUUUCGUUACGAGGAAUUACCUGUGGUUCUUGACUGGACCAUUGGUGAGGAAAACUGCAGUACAGCUUCUUCCAAGAAGAAUGGAGUCAACUAUGGGUGCAAGAACAAUAGUCAUUGUGAUGACAAGGACACAUAUUUUGGUUACCGAUGCCAUUGCAAUCAAGGUUUUGAAGGAAAUCCUUAUCAUCCCAAUGGCUGCACAGACAUUAACGAAUGUGAAAAAGACCUAUUACAUGAUUGCAAAACUAAAGCAUAUUGUAACAACACCGAUGGGAAAUACAAUUGUUUCUGUCCAAAGGGGUAUUCCGGGAAUGGAACAAAGGAAGUAGGGUGCCAACUUGAUGAUGAAAAUGCAAAUUCAAUAGUACUACUGAUUGUCCUUGGAGUAGGAAUAACAUUUAUUCUUCUCUUUUUGGGAACAUUCUCGUACUUAAUGUACCAUAAGAGGAAAUUCAUCAAAAUGAAAGAGAAAUUCUUCGAACAGAAUGGUGGUUUGAUUUUGAAACAAAAACUCUCAACAAGAGAAGACUCCUCCUCUCAAACAAGACAAGACUCCUCAACUCAAAGUGCUAAAAUAUUCACACAAGAUCAGCUAAACAAGGCAACCAAAAACUUCGACGAGAAUUUAAUCAUUGGCAAAGGUGGUUUUGGUACCGUUUUCAAAGGACUUCUAGAUGAUAAAAGAAUCGUUGCUAUCAAAAAAUCAAAAAUAAUAGAUAGAAGCCAAAUCGAUCAAUUCAUUAAUGAGGUGGUUGUUCUCUCUCAAAUAAAUCAUAGGAAUGUUGUCAAACUCUUGGGGUGUUGUUUAGAGACAGAAGUUCCUUUGUUGGUUUAUGAAUUUGUUACCAAUGGCACCCUUUCUGGUUUUAUACACACACAAAGUAAUAAGGUGAAUAAUGAAACAUGGAAAACUCGUCUUAAGAUAGCCGCAGAGGUAGCUGAAGCUUUGUCAUAUCUACAUUCAUAUGCCUCAAUACCCAUCAUCCAUAGAGAUGUCAAGAGUGAUAACAUUCUCUUAGAUAGAACCAACACCGCCAAAGUAUCGGAUUUUGGAGCUUCAAGAUUGGUUCCACUUGAUCAAACUGAAAUAGCCACAAUGGUGCAAGGAACUAUUGGCUACUUAGAUCCAGAGUAUAUGCAAACAAGUCAAUUAACUGAAAAAAGUGAUGUCUAUAGCUUUGGAGUAGUUCUUGUAGAGUUGCUGACGGGGGAGAAACCUUUUUGUUUUGGUAGGCCGGAAGAGAGAAGAAGUCUUGCCAUGCAUUUCCUAUCUUGUUUGAAAAACGAUAAUGUGUUUGAAGUUAUUCAAGAUGGUUUGUGGAAUGAAGAAAACAAACAAGAGAUCAAGGAGGUGGCUGUUCUUGCGGCGAAGUGUUUGAGACUUAGAGGGGAAGAAAGACCAAGCAUGAAGGAAGUGGCUAUGGAAUUGGAGGGAAUGAGGUUAAUGAAUAAGCACUCUUGGAUCAAUGAUGACUCAAAUGUAGAGGAGAGUCGGUUCUUGCUUCAUGAAUCAUCAUCUAGCUUUUAUGAACCUGGUGAUAGCAUCACACAUGGAGAUAUCGGAUAUGACAGCUUGAAAGACCAUGUACUGAUAGCAUUGGAUGAUGGCAGAUGAUUGUUAUAAGACAAAAUGCAGUAACCAUUUCAUUAUUUUAGGAGUUUUUGCAUACAAAUUUCAGUUUAUAAUUCUAAUGUAAUUUGUUUUAUAUAAUGUGUUGUGUGCAUGUAAUCCAGUUUUUAAUGAUUGUA